AGGUCUAGGAUAUUACAAACAUAUUACACUCGUCUUGCAGCUUCUGAGUAAUUGUGAAAGCUCAGGCUUGUCAGUUAGUUCACAUGUUUAGAAAGGAGCAUUCUACACAAUGGGCACCUGGAGAGAGGGAUGAAGCUUUGUUGAUUUCUAGACACAUUCUUUAAUAUGAAGGCUUUUUUCCGCUUGAAAAUAACGUUCAACUGAUUGUAUGAUGCUAAGAUGACACUUACGGGAGUUGAAGACAUUUAACUUUCAUGUUAACUGUUACUUAUAUGAAAACAGAAAGAGGUGGCAGAGACUAACUUCACAGCAGAGAUAAUUUUAAAAUUAAAUUAAUCCGAUUUUCAUUUGAAGUGCCGAGUAUCUAAAACUUAAUGUAACUACUCGAUACACGCGGCAUCUACUGCACUUCUGUCCGACCUGGGAGAGGGAUCCCUCACAUGUGUCUCUCUCUGACGUAUUUUGGGUCCAGUUUUUCCUUACUCUCGUUCAGGGUUAAGAACAGAGGAUGUCACCCCUGGCUAAGCACUGAGACAAAUUGUGAUUUGUGCAUAUGGGCUAUACAAACUUUAUUGAUUGAUAUAAGAUGAUGUGUUUUAAAAGUCGUAGUGAGGCUAACUGCAGAUCUCUGAUGACAGACAUGGUUAACAGAGGUGUGAUGGCUGCAGUUCUGCUCCUGCUGUCAUGACUCCUUUCAUUUGGAUGCUCACAUGGCUGCUUCAGAUCCUGUUAGCUGUAAGUGAACUGCCGCCGCCUGUCAACCUUACCCUCACCCCAAGCCAUAUGUUGAAAUGGCAACCAGGACCAAGGACCCCCAGUGGAGUGUACUACAAUGUCACCAUUAUCACUGACAAGGGCUUUGUACGACCAAAGAGAAGUCCACUUUGUCCGGGUUGUGACAGUGCAGGAAGGACAGGCCUCACACGCAGUGAUCCACUCAGGAUUUAUACCCUUCAAAGACACUCAGUUGGACCUGCCACACCUGACUGUGACAACCUGUGGAAGAAAUCUUUGUGUGGACCUCCACCCCCCAAUGGAACACCGAAGAGAGAUCUAUGACACACUCAGUUACAAACUCAAGAUUGAAUGCAACAGUGCAGAAAGAGCCACGUUUUUCAAGGACAUCAGGUCCCUGAGAAGACAGAUUUUGGAGGACCUGGCCCCUGGCAGACAGUACUGCGUCUCUAUCUGCAUCUUGGAUACACUAGAGUCCAAGGCGUCAAACUACGGUCAACCUGUAUGUUCUUCCACCUCUGGCAUCUAUACUGCAGACCAGUGGCUCUCAGCUGUAUUAUGUUCAUUGCUGAUGUUGGGUCUGGUUAUCCUGGCCAUUCUGGUGAUCACUGGUUCCAUCUGUCUGAAAAGGAGGCCACUACCACUAGUCCUGACAACCAUUAAUCAUGUUGAAGGGAUUCUGGUCAUUGAUCCCUACAGCUCGUCACUCCCUUCCUUUUUGAAUGUUAAGCCAACACUGAUCUCUGCAAGUGAAAAGAGGAGCAACCAGUCAUCAGAUGAGAGUGAUGUUGAAAGUGGAACAGAAAGCCAUGAUGGGUGCAGAGGAGAUUAUCCACUGCGGGUGGGCUCAUCCUCUUUGUCAGCCCCCUUGUCUCCAGAGCCUGAACCAAAGCUCAGUAUCUUUUCAAACCAAAUAUCAGACUUCAGUUCACAGCCUGAAGUCCUCAAUUCCCAAUCAAAAGAGAUACAUUCCAUUGCUGGACUGAACCAUAAAAAGAGCACAGACAGUUUGACAGUAGGAAUAAAAGAUACGGAUAGGGAGAAGAAGGAGGCGCUGAGGAAGACACACAACCAGGAUGUGAAUCUCCUCACAUUGACGUUUGGAAGGAAUGAGAAGAAAGGGGUGGAGGAAUCUCAUCCAGACCUGGGAGAGGAGGAGCCACAUUCUCACUCAGCCUCAGAGGAGAAAAACAUCAGUCUAGUUCAACCUUCACAAACUUGGGAUACUAAGGAGGUGGCCAUAGAAACAGUUUCCUGCUCUUCUAUUGAAGAUGUGGAGGAAGAGGAGCACUCUGGAUAUAUGGGGCGUCCAUGCACAGAUGUGUUACAGAAUUUUUAGUUUUUAGUAGAAAUCUACAAGUUUUCCCAUUUGGAUAAUUUCAUAAUGUGAUAAAUACAAAGAAAGACUGUCACUGAUUAAUGUAAUUGUGUUGUUGUUGUUUUUUACAUACAGCACAUACAUUUCCAUGUUGCUUGUUAACUGAAGGAAAGUAGGUACAAUUGACAACAUUUCUUCAGCUGUAUUAGACUCAAUAUCACUGAUGACGUUGUCCAGUGCAAAAGUUUCUUCAAAAGGGAUUUUAACUUACGAUAUUGUCUUUCAGUAAAUGGUAAAUGGUUUUGUAUUUAUAUAGCGCUUUUCAAGUCUUGAGAACCACUCGAAGAGCUUUAUAGUACAGUUUUACAUUCACCCAUUCACACACACAUUCAUACAGUGCAUCUAUUCGCAGCACUUUGUUAGUCUUAAAGGGGGCCAUUCGGGGUUCAGCAUCUUGCCCAAGGACACUUCGGCAUGCAGAUGGGUCAGACUGGGGAUCAAACUGCGGACCUUCAUGUUGGAGGACGACCACUCUGCCCCUCAGCCACAGCCGCCAGACAGUGGGCUCUAGACAUUGAAUUUGAGAUAAAAGGUUAAUAAAUAGGAAUAGUGCUUAAAGGUCCUAAGAUAAUUCACUGUCUCCAGAAUAUGUAUUGAUCUUGAACUAGAGCUGAAACUAAAUUGAGUAUUAUAAAAAAUGAAUGAACUUCUGUAAAGUUACACAUUGCUACGUGAUAUGUGUAUUAUUACUGUUACAUGUGUCAUUAUGAUUGUAUCUGUGUGUUUGAUCAAACAGUAUAUUAAAAUUCUGAAACUGUGAAAAUGUAAUUUUACAUAUUGAGCGUAAAAUCCUGCCAUCCUUUAAACUCAGUGCCGAAACAUUCAAUGUGUCCUGUUACUCAUUCUUAAGCUGUACACAUGCAUUUUUCACAAUAAUAAAGUAGUAUUUUAUUUGGAAA